AUUUCAGAAUUCAGAUUCUUCACACAAAAGAUAAUAGCAAAACCAUAACAGUGACUUCACCUAAACCAAAAUCAAUUAAGUGAUUAAACUAAUAAGCACUUUUUUUAAUUCAAUUUUAUUCUCAGCUUCUUCUUCAUCUUCAUUCAUUCAAUUUCAAUUUCCUACCAUGGGAAUGCGUAGUACUUCUCCUCCUAUUUCGUCUUCUUCUUCAUCUUCUUCCUGUUGCUCUCGUUUCUGGUCAUCGGCGCUCCGAUCCAAACGCUUGGUAUCUCCGGCGGAGAAGGCAGCUCGCGAUAGCUCCGGCCAUGGUCUCUCCCGUCGGCUCGGUGUAUUCGACCUUAUCCUCCUCGGGAUCGGAGCUUCCAUCGGAGCCGGUAUCUUCGUCGUCACCGGCACCGUUGCUCAUGACGCCGGACCUGGGGUAACAAUAAGUUUUAUACUUGCUGGAGCAUCCUGUGUUAUAAAUGCACUCUGUUAUGCUGAGCUAGCUUCUCGAUUCCCUGCUGUUGUUGGAGGAGCGUAUCUAUACACCUAUACGGCUUUUAACGAACUUACUGCCUUUCUUGUUUUUUCACAAUUAAUGCUUGACUAUCAUAUUGGGGCAGCUAGCAUAGCAAGAAGCUUAGCAAGUUAUAUAAUAUCGUUUCUUGAAAUCUUCCCUGUUUUCAAAGAUAACAUUCCAAACUGGAUUGGACAUGGUGAAAACAUAGGAAACGUGCUAUCCAUCAAUGCCUUAGCUCCGGUUCUCUUAAUGCUUCUCACUUUAAUUCUCUGUCUUGGUGUUAAAGAAUCAUCAACUGUGAAUUCGUUUAUGACAGUAACCAAGGUAAUCAUUGUUAUUGUUGUCAUUGUUGCUGGAGCUUUUGAGGUUGAUGUUUCCAACUGGUCUCCUUUUGCUCCACAUGGUGUAAGAAGUAUCUUGACUGGAGCUACUGUCGUCUUUUUUGCAUACGUUGGAUUUGACGCGGUUGCCAAUUCAGCUGAAGAAUCUAAGAAGCCACAGCGGGAUUUGCCAAUAGGCAUUAUUGGAAGCCUCUUGGUAUGUAUUGCACUGUACAUUGGAGUAUGCUUAGUAAUUACUGGAAUGGUUCCAUUCAAUCUUCUAGGAGAAGACGCUCCUUUGGCUGAAGCUUUUAAAUCUAAAGGACUAAAGUUCGUUUCUAUUCUGAUUAGUAUUGGCGCAAUUGCUGGACUUACAACGGCACUCCUUGUUGGCCUCUAUGUUCAGUCUCGGCUAUAUCUUGGGCUUGGUAGGGACGGUUUACUACCCGCACUAUUUGCUAAAGUUCACCCCAGACGCCACACCCCUAUUAAUUCUCAGAUUUGGGCUGGCUGUGUUGCCAGUAUUAUGGCUGGGCUGCUUAAUGUGCACACGCUAUCACACAUUCUUUCCGUUGGUACUCUGACCGGCUAUUCAGUUGUCUCGGCCUGCGUUGUAGUACUUCGUUGGAAGGAUAAGACAAAUAGCCAAGUAUCACCUUCAGCUAAGCGAGAAGGUGUAUUUUUCCUCGUUGUUGUUGCUCUUUCGGGAUUUACUGCAGGGCUCUUGUUCCGUUAUGAAGUUUCAAUUAUCUUUGUGAUCGUGGCUAUAGUUGUUGCAAUUGGUGCUUCUAUUGCUCUUCUCUUCCGCCAGAAUACACGUCGCAACAUGAAGAAAACAAGUGGUCUCUUCACGAGCAGGAGGGUACGGCAUGGCUUCAUAAGGAGAAGAUUAAGUACUGAGGUUUAUGGAGAUUCAGUAGCGUUUUCUUGCCCAGGAGUUCCUAUUGUGCCAAAUAUUUGCAUCUUCUUUAACAUGUUCUUAUUUGGCCAGUUACAUCAUGAAGCAUGGGUGAGAUUUGUGAUUCUAAGUUUUGUUAUGGUUGGUGUUUAUGCAAUAUAUGGCCAAUAUCAUGGAGACCCCAAUGCAGAUGAAACUAUUAUUUAUCACGAAGCUCCAGCGGAAUAAGCUCAAUGAGUAAUCAGUUCGAAUGUUGAACAAUUUUUUUUGGGCGUGGGAGAGGACGGUGUUUGUUAAAAUCUAUGGAGCCAAUAAUCUAUUUGGGUAUACUCAGGUUAAAUUGUGGCGAAAAAUUGGUCCAUGUAAUCGACUACAUUGGGAUAAGGCUUGGUUAUUGUUAGGUUAGAUUGUAUAUGAGACUGUCAGAAAACAUAAUCUUUCCCAUUAAGAGAUCCUCCCUUUCUCCCCCAACAUGUGUAAUAUAUAUCAUGUAUCUCUUGUUUACAACUUGAUUAAAAAGAGAAAUUCAUCA